UGCGUCACACGCCCGUCAAGUGACGUCAGAGUUUCUGCAGGUGCUCAGAGAAGUGCAGCAUUGGCGUAACUGGCGUUUCCAACAUCUCUCGCGAUGGCCUCUGCUACAGAUAACCGUUAUGGACAAAAGGAGUCCGCUGACCAGAACUUUGAUUAUAUGUUCAAGAUCCUGAUCAUCGGCAACAGCAGUGUAGGAAAGACCAGCUUUCUGUUUCGCUAUGCAGAUGAUUCCUUCACUCCGGCUUUCGUUAGCACAGUGGGCAUUGACUUUAAGGUGAAGACCAUCUAUAGAAACGACAAGAGGAUCAAGCUGCAGAUUUGGGACACAGCAGGGCAGGAGCGCUACAGGACCAUCACUACAGCCUACUACAGGGGAGCCAUGGGCUUUAUCCUCAUGUAUGAUAUCACCAACGAAGAGUCUUUCGCUGCUGUACAGGACUGGUCCACACAGAUAAAAACAUACUCAUGGGAUAAUGCCCAGGUGCUUUUGGUGGGCAACAAGUGUGACAUGGAUGAUGAAAGGGUGGUGGCUUCUGAGAGGGGACGGCAACUUUCUGAACAUCUUGGGUUUGAGUUUUUUGAGGCCAGUGCCAAAGACAACAUCAACGUAAAGCAGACCUUUGAGCGCCUGGUGGACAUCAUCUGCGAGAAGAUGUCAGAGAGCCUUGAUGCCGGAGACCCAGCCGUCACAGGAGCCAAACAGGGUCCACAGCUCACUGAGCAGCCGGCCGCUCCACACCAGGACUGCGCUUGCUAAAAAACAACACACGCAGCCUCUCCAAUUACACUGCCCUGCACUACCAUACACAGGAUAACGGUAAAACAAUAAGGGAUAAAGGAAAAGAAAAUUCAAACUUAGCUCCUUGUAGAAUAAUUGUGUUAUCUUUUGUUUUCUACCCUGGUCCCAGGUCAGUUUGCAAGUGUAUUUUUAUUUAUUUUUCAUCUAAUAACUCACGACACUAUUUUUGAUUUUGCUACACCACUGUUUUAGACUUGGAGAGGGAAAGCCACACUUUAAUAUUUUACGAUAAGACUACGAUAAGUUUGGCGAAGCACAAAUCAUUGCGUGUUAGCUUCUUUCCCCCUCUGUGUGAAACUUUUAUCCGGCCUUCAUGUGCCAUCUAUUACCUCCCUGUGCUUAUUUUUCUUUCCUUCAUAUUCUGUACCGUCAGUUAUUUGCUCUCAUGCUCAACUUACGAACAAAUACUAGAGGAGAACCUUCUGUAUAUUUAUUCCAAACAUGUAUAUAGACAAUGUGCAGUAUUUAAUACAGGUAUAGUAACAUAUUUAAAAAAUAUAUAUAUAUAUAUAUAAAUCUAUCAUUUUGAAAAUGACAAAUCAGAGAACUAUGAAGAAAAUAAGAGGAGUCAUGUAAUGUUUUUGUGGUAAUCCUUUGCAUUGCUUGUCACAAACCUCUCUUGCGUAUUUGUAGUUCUUAAUCAUGGUACCUUUAGUCAUUGAACUUCUGAUAUACAUAGACAUUCCUCAGUGUAAAAUGCAUGGAAGGAAAUGAAGCCAUUUAGGCAAAUAGUUAUAAGAUUCCGCACUGUCCGUUGUAGAUCCGAUCAACCUCUAAAUAAAUCUUCUCCAUGAAAGAAAGUUCACUUAGAAAUCACUUUGUGUGCUUAUACUCACAUUGUUGUAGUGACAGAACUUCUGCUUCUGCCAGUGUGAAGAAUCGUAACCACAACUUUAACUGCAGUUGCAAAAACCAUACUUAUUUCCAACUCGAUGCAAGUUUCAGACACGGGAGUCCUUUUUCUGACCUUUUUCCCCCCCUAAAAGUUUCUGUAAACGGCUUGUCCUGGUGCAGGAAGUUUAUUCUUACAUGUUGUGCUGAAAAGAAUAUUGAUGGAAGGAAGUACAAGAAGAAGAAGAAAAGAAAAAAAAAUCUCAUGUUGUAAAUGUGUUGUUGUCAUGUCACAUGACUGAUAGUCAGGACUGUUACUUAUUAUAAACGUCGUAUUGGCAUUACUGAGAAUAUAAGACGACGAUGACGAACAAAACCAGAGCCCCUUAUGACAUUUUUGUGAUUUAAAUCAGUUUCCCUACAUUCCUAAAAUAUAUGUAAUUCCCAGUUUUCUUUCCUUUGCUAUGCUGUCUUCCUGACUGUAAAUAUAUUUAAGUCUUUAGUUUUAUGUGUGAAUUGUGCUGUGACUCUGGGCUCAAAACAAACGACAAAAAAAAAAAAAAAAAAAAAAAAAAGAAGAGAUCUGGAAAAUUAUUUAAAGUAUGUGCUUUAUCUGCUCUGUGUAUGCUUGCUUGUGAAUGAAUGUGUCACUUUAUUACAAAGCAAUAUGGGAGAAAAAAAAUGUUUUGAAGUAUUUAUUGUUUCAUUACACCCUUCUAGAGAGGAAUAUUAAAGGUUUGGUUAGAAAAAAACAACAACAACAACAACGUAGAGCUUAGUAAAUCCUGUAACGUCACACAGAUUGACAGGAAAUGUGCUUACUAUCCGAAUUCUAACUCGAAUACUUCAAAUUCACUGAUAGCAGGAUGAUUCCAAUCGAUCACAUGCACACUAACCCUCAGAGACCAAACUGUGGAGAGGAUUUCCAUGCAGAUGCUUUGUGUGUAUAUUAAGAUAAAUGAAGCUAUUGAGAUGUUGAGCGAAUCGUCAGCAUUCAGCCGCGCAGUAACGGAUUCAGUGCUCCAAAAGACCUGCUUUUCUAUUCCGUUUUUUUCGGGGUUGGGUUUGUUUUCAAUUCUGCACCGUUUCAUUUCAAUGCAUUGUUGUGUUUUUUCUACUUUUAUUUAUUUUUUUAAAUCUUCCUUUUUUUUCUAAUAUGGGAAUUCUGUGUAAAUUUCAAGUAUAUAAAAAAAAUCAACUAUUAUGCAGUAGAAAACUUAACUCUAAAUACAAAUAAGGGGCAUGGUGUCAAAUGUUCAGUGGUGAAGUUUACCAAACCUACUGUCUAUGUUGUGGAAAUUACUGAAAUUAAAAAAAUAAAUAAAUAAAGGUUUGUGCUGUUAAAAUAUC